UUUACUGUCCUUAUUUUUAAAUCACACCAAGUAGAUCCAAUGUCCAAGAAUCUUGAUCUAUCAAGAGAAACCCAUCGUCGAUCAAAAUUAACGUUUUCUAUUCAGUCCUGAUUAAAUACAGUUCCAAUAACUGUCGAGGUCAGAUCAAGGUCACUGCACAGGAAGUGGAGGAUUCCCACAAUUCUUUUCGGCAAUCCAAUAUGGCGCUGCCCAUGCAAAAGGUGUACUAUUCCUUUAUCGUGUAAUAGAGUUUAAUCCUAAAAUUACAUAUUGUUUGUCUUGAUAGCGAUAAAUUAUGUGUCUGCUGAUUGGAAUGACCGGAGUCGGAAAGACUCUUCUGCUCAAACGUCUUCAGAAUUAUUCCAGCAAAGGUUCAUUCACUGAAUCUGAGGAAAAUCCAUCAACAAUUCCGACAGUUGGCACCAAUUUGGUGAAUGUCAGUGUCAGUAAGAGGAAUGAGGUGACGAUUAGGGAACUAGGCGGAGCCAUGGCACCCAUCUGGUUCAAUUACUUCUCAGAUUGCUCUGCCCUGAUGUUUGUAAUUGAUGCGUCCAAUUCUACCCAAGUGUCUGCUUCAUGCAUCCAGCUGCUGACCACUCUUCAAUCAGAGAAGAUGCAAAAGGUCAACGUCCUUAUCCUUCUCAAUAAAGUUGACCUUCAUUUAAGUGUGCCACUUGCUGAGCUCAGGUACCUUCUUAGACUUGAUGACUUGAUAAACACAGCUCUGCAGCCAAUCACAGUGCUGGAAAUCAGUGCUAAGGAUGGCCAGGGGCUCAGUGAGGUUGUCAAGUGGCUUGCGGCAAACAGUAAAGGAGGACUAUGAUGCUUGCAAAUGGAUUGUGCUUGGCAGGGUAGGUUGUCAUAGGUGGGGUCACUGGGAAGGGGGCUGACAGAGGGAGCGUUGAGUUCUCCAAAUUCUGCUGGUUUUCCAGUUAUCAUUAAUUGCUUUUGCAUAUCUGGUGGGAUGGAGGGACAGGGCCUGAGUGGUGGUUUGGGGUGUCCCCAGAGGACAGGGCUUGUGGGCAAUGGAGGAAUCAUUAAGGUUGAAUAGAUUGGAAUUAUCCACUUUUAACUUUUAAUCUCAUUCCAUGUGUGUAUAUAUGCUUUGUGUGUGGUCUGACGAACAUUGUGCAAUAUAUCACUUUACCUCUCGUAUUCAUUGAAAACUAUCACAAGAAACAAUUCAUGAGAUUCAUAUUAUGUUUCUAGUUGUGAUUUUUAUUUGAUCUUUAGUGUGUAAACUUACUUACUGAAAUGAUAAAGCAUCACAUGUUCAUCAUGAAUUUAUGUCUUCGGUAGUUGUGAUUAUCUGUAUUUCUACCAAUCUCUAAAUAAGGUCAUUGAAUGAGUACUUCUGUUUAGGAACUCUUAAUUACACAAAAAGUAUAUUUAAGUUUUACAAUCUGAAUAUUUACUGAUGUCUACUUGUUGAUAGAAAUUCUGAAUACAAUGUAAUAUAAGCGAUCUAUAAGAUAUUUCUUUUGUGUAAACCUGAGUAUGUUCUCACUUAAAGGGAAUAUACAACAUUUGCAAACAUCCAAAAAUAAAACUACAAAGUUUUUACGAAA